UGUAUGUGUGUGUGCGCUUAGCGACGUCGGCUCAGAGCUGGUUGAGAUUUCAACUCGCCAACACGGCAAGAGGCUGUUCGUUCGUCAUCUCGAGCUGAAGCUGCUGAAAAUGCUUCUCAAAUCCGUCUGUUUGCUUGGAUUGCUGGUCUGCGGCAGCCAAGCCGUUCUUCAGGUGUCCAUAUCCCUCAACAAGGUGGAGCUGAGUGUUGGAGAGUCCAAAUUCUUCACCUGCACAGUCAUUGGGGAGCCAAUCAGUUUGAACUGGUUCAACCCUCAAGGCGAGCGCAUAAUUUCCAACCAGAGGGUAGUCUUGCACACGGAGGGGGUCCGCUCCAGACUAACCAUCUACAAUGCCAUCAUUGAGGAUGCUGGUAUAUACAGGUGCCAGGCUGUGGAUGCCAAAGGACAGACUCAGGAGGCUACAGUGGUGCUGGAAAUCUAUCAGAAGCUGACGUUCCGGGAGGUGAAGACGCCUCAGGAGUUUCGGCAGGGGGAGGACGCUGAAGUCGUGUGUGAUGUCAUCAGUUCACCUGUCCCGGCGGUCUCCUGGUUCUAUAAGAACAGAGAGAUCACACCUGAGCGUUUCAACAGGCUCCAGGUCCUUCCCAACAACAACCUUCAGAUCCUGAAAGUGGCCAAAGAGGAUGAGGGAGUGUACCGCUGUGAGGCACGAGUGGAGGCUCGAGGCGAGAUCGAUUUCCGCGAUAUUGUAGUGGUGGUAAAUGUUCCCCCUGUACUGUCAGUUCCCAAGGAGUCCUUCAAUGCGACGGCUGACUACCAGGAAUCUGUGACAUUUACCUGCAUCACCUCUGGCUCUCCUGACCCAGAGGUCACGUGGCUCCGGAAAGGACGGGAGAUCGAGAGAUCGGAGCAGUAUGUGUUGAGCACACUUGAAGGAGGCAAGAGCACGCUGACCAUUAAGAACAUCAAACAGGGUGAUGGAGGCCCUUAUACCUGCAGAGCCAGCAACAAGGCUGGAAGCAAAGAGAGCGAGAUUCUCCUCAAAGUGUUUGUCCAGCCGCACAUCACGCAUUUGAGGAAUGUGACAGCAGUGGAAGGCAGUGCUGCCAUGAUCUCCUGCACAGCUGAGGGUGAACCUCUGCCUGAAAUCUCUUGGAGAAGAGCCAGCGAUGGACAGACAUUCUCACAUGGGGACAAGAGCCAGGAUGGGAGGGUGGAGGUUCAAGGACGACACGGCAAGUCCAUGCUGACCAUCAGUGGGGUCCGACUCUCGGACUGGGGACGUUUUGACUGUGAGGCCUUAAGCAGGAUCGGAGGCCAUCAGAAAAGCAUGUUUUUGGACAUUGAGUAUGCCCCAAAGUUUCAGAUUAAUCACACUAUCUUCUACUCAUGGGAGGGGAAUCCAGUGAACAUCAGCUGUGACGUGAUGUCCAAUCCCCCAGCCACCAUGUUGUGGAGACGAGACAGGUUCACCAUCUCCAAUGAAGGCACAAGCAAUACUCGUAUUCAUACUGCAGAGGGGAGAUCAUUACUGGAGGUCACCCCGAUGUCCGACAGGGAUUUUGGCCGCUACAACUGCACGGCCAGGAACAACAUCGGUGCUCGAUAUCAGGAGUUUAUUUUAGCACAGGCAGAUGUGCCAUCCAACCCGUACUCCGUGCGGUUCGCCUCGGUAUCUCAGCGCAUCGCUACAGUCACCUUUAUGAAGCCUGACUCUCAUGGUGGUGUGCCCAUUGGCUACUACAUUGUCAACUACAAGGACCAGAGUUCUCAGGAGUGGAGGACGGUAAAGUCACAUGGUGUACAGACAAUGGUACUCCUGACUAACCUGGAGCCAAACACGACAUAUGAGGUCAGAGUGGCAGCCGUGAAUGGGAAAGGUCAAGGGGAGUACAGCCACACGGAGACCUUUCAGACUUUGCCCAUCCGAGAGCCAAGCCCCCCUACAGUUCACGGUCAGAGAGGAGUAGGCAAGGCCUACAGACUGGGACUAGUCAAACAAGAUGAUGGUGGGAUGCCCAUCGUGGAAUACAUUGUAAAAUACAAGACAGACAAGGAAGAGCAGUGGAUGACUAAGCUUGUUCCAGGCAUGAACGACUUCACCAUCCUGCAGCCUCUUCAAUGGAACACGCGUUAUAAUGUGGAGAUCACAGCCCGCAACGUCAAAGGCUUGUCAGAACCCACCUUCUUCCAGUUCCUCAUGCCUCAGAAACCAGACAUCACAGCAGACUCCCUGUUCAGCGGCCUCGGACUGGGCGCAGUGGUGGGUCUGGGGCUGGCCGGCCUUCUGCUCCUGCUGGUGCUGGUUGAUGUCAGCUGUUUCUUCCUGCGCCAGUGCGGUCUGCUCAUGUGCAUCUCCCGGAAGCUUUGCAGCAAGAAGACUGCCACCAGCAGCAAAGGCAAAGAGCUGGAGGAGGGCAAGGCAGCCUACCUGGGUGAUGGGUCCAAGGAGCCCAUUGUGGAGAUGAGGACAGAAGAAGAGAGAAUAACUAACCCAGAGGACGGCAGUCCAGUGCACGAACCAAAUGAGACAACUCCUCUAACUGAGCCAGAAAAACUCCCUCUCAAAGAGGAAAAUGGAAAAGACGUCCUCAAGCCGGACUUGAUCGAGAUCAAGGUGCACAGCGACAACAGCAUCCACACAAAACAGGAUGACAGCAAAGCGUAAUGUGGGGGGACAUUCUUUGGGAGGACGCUCCGAGCCUGGCCCAAACAAGACCAAAACACCAGGAAAAAAAAUGUAAAAAGAAAAAUACAAGCGUAAUUGGAAUCCUCAGAAGUAGAACAGCUAAUCAAGGGCACACAUACGGGGCAUCUGUAAAUAUGUUAUAAAUAUAUAAAAAAAGAGAGAGUUGAGUUUUUAUUGUGAUAAAUUAAUUGUUCUUUCUAUUUGAAGCAGCUCCAGCUGAAGGCACUUGAUUUUGAGUGACAUUUUCUGUUUUUAGCCACCUUUUUGUGUUGGUAGGGCUUUAUAUUCAUGCCUCCACUUCAGCUUUGAUUCUGUCCUUGCAAAUUAAAACACGUUGGGUCUCUGUGGAUAACACAGAGCUUUCAAGACCAUUUGGCAUGUGCCAAAAUGUCCCCACAUGGACAUCACAAUGGACAUUACCAUCCGAUUGCCAUGUCUUGUCCACAUUUCUGGGUCACGUUCCUUCAAAACGGCAGCCUUGGUGUUUUGCUGUUUUUUUGGCUAGACUUCUUACCAUACCACUCUAUUUGUGUGUCUAUGGAGUAUGCUAACUAUGUGCUCAUUGGAUUUCGAGGCACCAGUUACUCUGCAAAAGAAAAUCCUUACAUGAGAGACAUUAAAAUGGCAUUUUUGUUAUCAACCACAAGGCCACUCAUGUUGCUGUUGCAUUCUACUUUCCGUUGCAAAGUUGUGUGUGCGUGAAUGUGAGUAUGUUGUGCUAAAGGCAAUGUCUGUUUCGUGAGCCAUUCUGAGUUAUUAUAUUUUCUAUAUUUUAUGAUGAAUUUCACUCGUUUGUACAUAUGCGUGUAUAAUGUAGUGCUAACAUACUGUAUAUCAAGUGUUCCUAGAAAACCACAAAUAAAGAAUCAGGUAAGGUAGAGUUUGCUGUAAGUAUGGUGCAGAAAUUUGGUUAAUGAAUUGUGAAAAUAUGUGUGGCCAGGCCUACUGGCUCUGCCGUUACUGGGUGAAGUUCUAAUGAACAUUUUGUGUUUAAGAGUAAUGCCAAUGAAACUCAUAGUCACAAACUCUUAGUGCAAAUGCGGCACAUCGAUCUUACGUUUGCUUUUUUCCCCAAAUGCAUUAUCCUCUAAGAUAUAUAUUUUUUUAAUACUCACAUUUUGUGGGGGGGGUUAAAAGAAUUUUAAACAAGUACAUUACUGAGGCUCUAAGAAUGUCAAACUUAAGUUUCCUGAAGCUUUCUCAAUCAAAAAAAAAUCUCACUGUUAAGAUGAUGGCCACUCGAGUCAGCAGUGUUGACUUCACCAACAAAAUGUAUUAAACAAACAAAACAAAUUAAAUUAAGACUGCAAGCCAGAGGCAGAUUGACCCAAAACUGUUGGCUAGCGUGCACUUUGGCUAGGAGGAAUAGCAAGAAUAAUAGCUAAUUUGUCUUAAUUUUUCAGUUAGUUUAGCUGAGGUCUUAGCAAAUUACAGAUUAGAUUACCUUAAACUUCAGAUGGAUUAGCUGUUAGCGUAUUUGCUGUAUAAACUACAGACUGGUGACAUGCAUUCCUAAUACAAAUAACGCAUGGCUGCAACUUACUAAGGUGUAGUAAUGGGAUACUGAUGCAUGGCCGCGAUUUAUCAAAACGUGAGAUUAAGUUGUGGCUACAACUUAGUAGGACAUGAAAACAAAAUAGUUAAGUAAUGGCAAUGACUUGUUAAGAUGUGGGAGCAAGAUAGUUAAGUGGUGGCCAAGACAGUGAGGUUGUGACAGUGACUUAGAAGAUGUGGAAACAAGUUAAUUCAGUUUUGACAGUUAAGUAGUGGUUACAUAUUACUAUGGCAUGGGACCAAAAUAGUUCAGUUGUGGCUAUGACUGGCUAUGAAGCUUUGGGAAUGAGAUAAUCCAAUUUUGAAAGUUAAGUUGAGGCCAUGUCUUUGUAAGCAUGGGAACAAGAUAGUUCUGUGGUGGUCGUGGUAAUUGAGCUUCACUAAUUCAUCACUUCACUAAGUUGUGGCCAUGACUUAAGUUGACUCAGUUCAGACAUGUAGUGUGUUGUGAACAUCUCUGCUGUCAAUUUAUUACUGUAAGUACUGAAAGUAAACAAACCUUUGGUACAUUUUACUGUAGGUUACUGUUCAUAAGGCUACAUGACAACUACAUAAGCUUGUCGUUAAAUAGGCAUCAUCUGUCAAAAAGGCUACUUUAGGUAAAAUUAAAAUGUAUCAGUGUCAUGCAGCCUUAUGAAUAGCACCCUAUAGUAAAGCGUUAUCAAACUUUUUUUUUGUUCAGUUUAUUUAGCAAACAUGUGAUCAGGAUCCAAAAUUGGUCACUGUUAAUGGUCAGAACUUGCUUUUAGAGUAAUAGCAAACAUUCACCAUUACUGAAUGUCAAUCAUAAAUGAAAUGUAACAUAACAGCAUUCCUAUGUUAAAUAAUUCAACAGUAGUCCAUCGGUGCAGUCAGGAGUUUGAUUUAAAGAUUUUAAUUGAAGAUCACUGCAGAUGAAUGUUGAACUCUUAUGCUGAAACUGAAGCAUUUGUUCCGUUUCGUCUGUGAUCGUGUGUGUAUGAAUAUGAGAGAUUUUAAAUGUGUUUUAAUGUGCGAGGAGAGCUUGUAAGUUAAAGUGAGAUUUUCUGUGUUCUUUUAUUUAUUUAUUUAUUUUGAUUUGAUGCAGUGAUUAAAUCUUUUACGCAGGAGAGAGUUGAAACUCGGUCUGUGCUUGAUGCGCUGCACGCCAGCUUGUCAACCUGAAUUUAGCUGAUCUGAGCUUUGUGGUUUUUUCAAGCUGCCCCAAUACACAUUCACUUCAGGUCACUUCGAACCACAUAAUUUCAGACACACAGCUGAAAUCGAGUUUCUAUUCAAAGAUUCUGUUGUUGUCUAUGCAUAAGCUGAAUAGAAACUCAACCUUUGCUUGUGUCUUUUUCUUUUCUUUUUUUUUUAUCUAGGACUUGGCUGCCUGCAUUUUUCUCUAAAGAGAUUUUGGGUGUUUUAUUAUUCGUCUAGAUUUCAGGCUCCAAUCAGAUCUCAUGGAAUUUGUAAGAGUUGCAAGCGUGUGUGUGAGGAGUUGCAAUCAGUUGGCUCUUUAAAGUUGAGAACUACAGUUUGCUGUCGUAUUUAAAUGAUAUAACAAUUAUAGCGUUUACACUAUUGCACACUACUGUCUGGCUUGGAUGAAAGGAUAGAAAUGGCUGGCUAGCAUUUGCUUUGUAGCAUUUGGUGUUUAUCUGGCAAGUGAAAUUCUUAUUUCUCUAUCAAAUGAUCCUCACAAGCUUUAUAAUUAAAUGUUUUUCAAAUCUGAAGAUGCACAGAAUCUGAAUUGAUAUCCCAAGAAUGGCACCUGGUCAUUCAUAUAAGGGUCACACUACCAUUGCAGUGGCAGUUAGGGUACUUGCCCAGUCAAGUAUGUGGACUGAAAGUCUACUGUCCUAAACAGAGUUGACACUGUCCUGAACAAAUUUUUCAAAACAUUUAUAUAUAUUAUACAUAUUUAUAUAUAAAUAAUCUCUAUAAUACUAUUAAUUCAUUAAUAAAAUAAAUGCUAUUAUUACUACUACAACAAACUAUGUAAAACCUCCCAGGUAAAGGGUUUUUCUGUUUGAGAGAAAAGUUUUUUGGAUACUCCACCUUUGCCAGCAUUUGUAAUCACAUCUUACACUAGAAGUGAGUACCAAAAAACAACACAAUUGGAUAAAUGUGGCUUCAGGCUCACCAUCUUUCCCGCAGAGAUGACUUUUUUGUAUAUAAAAGCAAAUAAAGGCCAUAUCAAGUAUGAUUGUUCGCUGUCAAAACUACCCCAUGGCUGAAUGUCAACUUGCCCGAUCAGGCAAGUGAUUUAUAUGCCACUGUCCCGAAUUCAUAUUACUCCUGCCCUGGGCGCUGUGACCAUCAUAACCUGCACUUCAUGUUUCACGAGUAACAUCACUGAUGCAAUCUUCUUGCAACACAUAAAUAUGUCAGUAUUUUAGCCAAAUAUUUUAGAAAUAUAAAGAGAGUUUCACUAACCUUAGACUUUCUUACUUGGACAUAUCCAGACAAGAGGUCAUUCAAAAAGUCCUUCCUGAUUUUGUUUUGAUAGAUUCUUUUGUUUUUAAGUAAUUACUUAAUUGUUCAUUUAUCUUAAUGACUUUUUUGUCUCUGUAAGCCCACUGAAAAAUUUUGGGAUGAGAUUUAUUAUUAACAAAAUUAACAAAAUUAAAAUAAUGUCAUUAUAUUUUAAAUCAUUUUUAACACACGCCAGAAACUUUAAUGCAUUUUUACAACUUAAACUGAAAAACCAAACAUCAAAAAUAUCUUUAGAUUAAACAUAAAAUGUAAAUAUUAUAUAUUAUAAAUAUAAAAUAGUGGUUUGAAUAAAAAUAUUCCGGUAUGAAAUCACUGCUGUGACAUGCUGUUUUUCCAUGUGCAAUAUCACAAACACAUCAAAUAACUUAAUGGUUGUUUGUCUGUGAAUUUAGGAAUAGAAUAAAGGAUAAGCAGACAUCUUAGUUUAAGUCAUUUUCCUGGCUUCAGGGUUGUGGGGUACCAUUUGCCAAAGCAGUGGUACAAUGAUCUGAAUGAGUGUGAUAUACAGUAUGUGGCAGAGCUGAGUUGGCUUGUGCCAAAGGAUCAGCAUCUAACACUGAUCCUCUCGUGUCCGAGUUAGUCACAGAACUUCUUAUUCAAAGACAAAUAUUGGUUUGGGGUGGCUGGAUGUUUGUAGACAUAAGCAAGCAUCCCAUAACAUUGCAGUCUAAACAGUACUUAGUGCUGGUUUAAGGAACUAUUAACUCCAUUCUUAUACAUUGUUCUAGAAAUAUAUACAAAUAAUUAUUUUGCCCUGAAUUUAGUGUGAAGCACUCAGUUACACUUGAGUUUCACUGAUAUAAAAUACUACACUUUUUGAAAAGUAAUGUAUAGAGAAUAUUAUACAUAAUGUAUUUACCAGAUUUUCAAACAAAUUCUUCUAGGGAGAAGAUACGUUUCACAACUUAAUAUUUAAAAAUAGAACAAUAAUACAAUAAAAAUAUGCAUACUCAAUAUACAGUUAUAAGUGCCAUGGAAUAAUGAAGUAGUAUAGAUGCUGAAGACGAACCCUUGAAUGUACCAUCCCAGAGACAGCAGUGACAGUUUAGCACCUUUUUUUCUGAGAUUGUGCUUUUAAACACAUGCACGAUUGAUUGAAAGUUUACAGUCUGUACAUCUGAGAGAAUUUCUCAGCUUGUUUCAAAAUGCUUUUCUUAUCUGUGAUGAUAACGCUGUUAAUUUUGUAGCUGCAUGUGGUUUAAUUAUCAAAACCAAGUCCAACAAAAAAAAAACAAACAAAAAAAAAACCUGGCUUGUAAUAAUUCCUAUAAAUUCUUUGUGAGAUCUGGUUGGCUGGCCUACGACUGAGGUAACUGAUGGAGGCUGUCGCCUGUGGAACACCUGUUACGAUGUAAUUUUCCUGUUGUAAAUAAAUGUGUCCUGGUAUAAAACA